GUAAGAAACAGCGUCGGUAACGAGUUUUGUAAAGAUAAUUGAUACAUCUCGUAGUGCGAAAUUUUGGCGCGUGUGAUCCAUCACCGGGAGCUCUAUCUGUUUUGCAUCGGAUUGAAACGUAAAUUGAAUGUUAUAACUGUUUGGAAAGGUUAUUUGUUGUAAUCGUAAGCUUGUGCUAGUUUAACUCGGCAACGUCAACAGUCUUCGAGGUAAUUUCCUCUCCAUUAUUCAGUGCACAAGUGCGAUAAGGGCUAUCAUCUCGAAGGCCCCUAUCAAAUUUGUUUCCUAUUCCGUAUUCUAAUCAGGCUAGUCAAACUGAGAGCAAUCACAUCUGUUAGUAUGCGAAAAUAAUUAAAAUAGUUUUAAAAAUUUAGCCCCUAGCAAAGACACAUUUACGUGAUUGUGCAAAAAUUGUUACAAUAAAUAUAUUUUGAUAAAAUUAUCGAUCCCUUAAUUUCCUUUUGAAUCCGUGGUUUCAUGUAAGUAGAAACAACAAAAAACAAACAAGACACAUAGAGGAAAGCGGGGCAAAAAAGGCACUAUUAGGGAUGCUCUGUAUCUCAUUAGGUAAACCACUUAUUUUGACGGUAAUCGCUGUUCUAGCAUCUUAUUAAUGAAAAACAAUCAGAAGUAGACUCAUUAAUAACAAAUAUAAAUGAAUAGAAUGAAAUUUAAAAAUCAAAAUUAUAAGCUGUGAAAAUGUAUUGUGCGGGGUAAAAUGGUCUCGCUAUUGGGGCAAAAUGGUCAUACAUGAAAUGUCAAAACACAUCAUAACAAAAGGGUGUUCAUUUGCCCCGCGUUCCCCUACAAACCGAUUCUUGGCAUUCUUGGGAUGUGAAGGACAAGGCCGGGAAAAGGUGUUUGCCACCCCUGCGAUUCGAUCGAAGCAAGUGGCUGCGCAGAGCGAUCUGUCAAAUCGGAUCGGGCAGGUUGUUGUUAUUGUCGUUUUGUGGCUGCUUUAAGUAAAUACACAAACUGCACCGUCGUUUAAUUCCCAAAAUCCCCAAUCGGUUGGGUUUUGGCUGCCAAUUUGUGCCACAAAAACGUUGCAAGCCCCAGUGGUGCAGUACGACAAUCAAAGGCAGCAAUCAAAUAGUGUGCUUCGAUCAAACCACCACAUCCCGCAGCAGAGCAUCACGAUUACUGUGAAAUGCACCGCACCGUUGGUCGCCUGCCCAUCUUGCUGUUGCUGCUGUUACUUCCGGGAAUGAAGAUGCACCACUGAGCGACGUACAACGUCCAGCUAACGUACCGGCGCAAACGAACGCUUUUUUAAAAAUUCUGUUUGGUUUUGCUGUUGUCUAAAUUAAGCAGCGAAAUAUCUAGAGAAGAAAGCUUAAUCAGCGAAUCAGCAUUGCCCGCCGCGUUGCGAUGGGAUUCGCACGAAGGGAUGCUGUCAUCGCAAUGCUGCUUAUAAUGGGAGUAACCGUGCCGGAGCUGCCCCUACCGGCGAUGGCUCGCAUCGUGGACGACACGGUGGCCGGCAGCAACGUUCUGUUCACCGACGCACCGCAACUGCUGUCGCAGGCGCUCGAUCAUACUACGCCGAUGCAUAUGGUCGCCGUCGGUGAGCCACCGCUACCGGUAGAUGCUGUGGGAGGAGAAGGAGGAGACGGUGGUUUCAAUCCAGCUAGCGAUCAUCAACCGGGCAGUGUCGAUGGUGGUAGCGCCGGCAGAUCGACGGAAUCGUUUGCCGCAACCGUACCGAUGGUAUCGAGCAGCUCGCCAGCAUCGGCACCGAACGGUCACGCUGGCUCGAGCACACAGGCACCCCCGCUCUCAACGACGGCUACACCAUCACCGAUACCGUCCGCGGUAACGACGACCACCGGUGCACCGGUCGCUAGCUCUUCGAGCACGCUGGCAUCGACCACGACGACAACGACGACGACGGCGACAAUCGCUGCCGGUGCACCAAACGUUGGGCCAGCACCCGCCACCGCCACGGCCACUAGCAACGGGCGCUCGGCGGUACCGGCCCCGCCCCAGAUCGAAUGCUACCACGCCCAGCCGGAGCUGUGCGCCGAGCGCAAGGGUGACUGCGAGUGCAGCGUCGAUCCGGUCGUGCCGGCCGCCCUGUACUGCUGCAACGUCACCGACAUCAACAAGGCGAUCGGGUGCGUGACGAACGCGCCCGAAACGGCCAGCUGGAAGUAUCUGCACAUCCGCAACGUGACCGUGCGCGAGAUGGCGCUGAACGUGUCGAACCGGUACAUCAAGACGCUGCUGUCGCUCGCGAUCACCGACGGCACGAUCCAGCGCAUCAGCACGUCGUUCGCCCGGUUCUCCUCCCCGGUCUGCCUGAACGUGUCGAACAACAACAUCAGCGAGAUCGAGCCGCGCGCCUUCCGCGAGUUGCGCAACCUCACGAUGCUCGACCUGUCGUACAACAAUCUCUCCACCAUACCGUCCACGAACGGGAAGUUUCGGCUCGACAUACGCGGAAACGUCGGCAUGCUGUGCAAAUCGCUGCUCGAAUCGCUCAAGAGCGGCGUCAAGUUUAAGGAUCCCGAGUCGACGUUCUGCCUGACGAAUCGCACCUUCAACUGGUUCAACUCGACCGACAGCCUGCCGCUGCACCAGCUGGAGACGAUCCAGCGCGUGCAGGACGAGUGCCCGGAGAACUGCACCUGCGAGCUCGACCGGCUCAACUUCGACCUGAACAACACGGAGCGCAAAACGAUUACGACGCGCGUGGCCUGCACCGGGCUCGGGCUGACCAAGUUCCCCGAUCGGUUGCCGGCCGGCACGGUGACGCUGAACAUCUCCAAUAAUAAUAUCACCAGCCUGGAGGCGCUCAACACACCACCCUACCAGUCGCUGCUGCGGCUGCAUGCCGACGACAACCAGAUCAGCUCGCUGAGCGACCUGGAAGGGAUGGACUUCAUCUCGCGCUUCACGCUGUUCUCGAUCCGGCGCAACAAGCUGAAAACCGUCCAGUCGUACAUCUUCACCAAAUCGCUCGACCUCGGCUCGUACAUCUUUCUCGAGGGCAACCCGAUGACGUGCGACUGCAACGCGGCGAAGGGGUUCAAGAACUGGCUGCUCAGCCGGAAGGCGCAGGUGCCCGACCAUGAGAACAUCUUCUGCGAGGGCAACACCAACCUGCAGCAGCUGGUGACGAUCCAGGAGAGCAAGCUGUGCCAGUCCCAGCACGACUGGACCGACUACAUCUACUACCUGAUCGCGACCGAGAUACUGCUGCUGGUCGCGCUCGUCUGCAAGGUGUCGUACGACUACUGGGUGUUCAAGACGGCCGGCUAUCUGCCGUGGCCGGCGAACAAAAUGCCCAAGCUGCCGUGCGACUGUCUGUGCGAAUGAGCGGCGCGAUCGCUCGUAUACAAAUGUGUGUGUGUGUGAGUGUGUGUGUGCCGUAAUUGAGAUGAAUGUUUCCCAUUUGUCUACUCUUUUUAAACAAACAACAACAGCAGCAACAACAACAAAAAACUCUCUUUUAAUCGUUUCUCUCGUCAGCUGUGAUAAUCCAUAAAAGAAGGCCUUCUGUCCAAUGUCCAGUCCAGUCUACAAAUGUGUGUUUGUAUCGCGAUCGGCUUGGAAAUGUAUCGUAUCCGUCUUUAUCGUAAAUAAAGUAAGUUAUUGUAAGUGAC